ACAAGUUAAAAGCAGCAAAGGUUGGAGAGGGAGGAGACUGCAAUACAACACCUGGAAAGUCCGGGUAGGACCGACAAAAUGCAGAGUGUGAGAGAAGUGGAACAGGUAGAGUUGGUUGUUUGCCACAAGUGGCACUUUGUUAGUGCGGCAACAAAACAGACGAGCGAGGAGGAGGCGGAAAUUGCCGAAAAAAACACUUGGCAGUUGAAUUCAAUGCGGCUCAGCAAGCAAUAAGACGAGAAACUUAUUGGCACAAAGACGUGCAUGGAGCGGUGACAUCAGUGUGGAAAAAACAAAAGCAAAGACGAGGGUGUCCAAAGAGGUCACCGCAGUCUGCAUGCGAGUCAGACAAACACUGCAACGACACCAUGUUGAUGAAAGAGUACCGUAUAUGCAUGCCACUCACUGUGGAUGAGUACAGGAUAGGGCAGCUGUACAUGAUCAGCAAGCACAGCUGUGAGCAGAGCGGUAGUGGAGAAGGGGUGGAGGUGGUGAGGAACGAGCCCGACAACCACCCCGAGCAUGGCCCAGGACAGGUGACAGAGAAACAAAUCUACCUCAGCAGUAAGCUGCCAGCCUGGGCGAAGGUGUUUGCCCCGCGGUUCUUUUAUGUGACGGAGAAGGCCUGGAAUUUUUACCCGUACACCAUCACAGAAUACUCAUUAUCAUUUCUCCCCAAGUUCAGCAUCCGUAUUGAGACGCGGUUUGAGAACAACAACGGCUGCAAUGACAAUGUAUUCAUGGACGGGCCGACAGCCGCAGAGGAUGUGACUUUCCUGGAUAUCCUGAGUGACCCCAUACCUGAAAAACACUACAAAGAGUCAGAGGACCUGUCUCGCUGGCAGUCGAGUAAGACUCAGCGAGGGCCCCUGGAGGAAGGCUGGAGGGAGGAUCACCGGCCCAUCAUGUGCUCCUACAAGCGGGUGCGUUGCAGCUUUGAGGUGUACGGCUUUCAGACCAAGACUGAGGAUUUCAUACACAGAAACAUCCGGGAUAUUCUCCUGAUUGGUCACAGGCAAGCAGUUGCUUGGGUGGACGAAUGGCACGGGCUAAGCUUGGACGAGGUGAGAGAGUAUGAAAACAUGAUGCAAAAGAAGACUAACAGCAAAGUCAAACAAAACACAGGUGCUCCGACCUCCUCUGCUCCGGUGUUCUCUCGCUCCAUGUCGGUGACGGACGAACGGUCCCUGAGGAGGAUGGGACCGUCCGGCCCGUCGGGGGGCUCCACCGGUCUGCAGGGUCACAUCCGGUUCAACUCCACCUCCUCUGAAUGAGGACUCGCACACAGCAUCAAACACAAAAACAUUUUUAAUGGCUCGUGUCACGUACUUAAAGCACAAAUAAUAUGAUUCUUAAAUAAGGAAUAUUUCCGCUGACGCCAUCAUUGAACAACAAUGGCACUCAGCAGAGCCCAGACCUCCAUCAAGUAGGGUUGCAAAAUUUGGGUAAAUUCCAAGUCAGAAAUUUCACAAGAGAAUUUAUGGAAAUAGCAGGAAUUUAUAAAAUAAAAGGCUGGCGACCAAUUAAGGGUGUACCCCGCCUCUCGCCCAGAGUCAGCUGAGAUAGGUGCCAGUAUGUCCGCCCGCGACCCUAGAGAGGAUAAGCGGUAGUGAAAAUGGAUGGUUGGAAGCUAAAGGUUUUCUCUUAACUCAUUCGCUGUCAGCCAUUUACAAAGCGUAGUUCCAGCAGAUUAGAGCAUUUUGACUGAUCUUUCGAGACCCACAGAAUAUUGUGUCCUGUGACAAUUUAAUCAGCGUACCAAAAGAAAGCAUAGACUCUCUUCUUCCAGCAGAAAGUUUGUUUCUUCCUUUUUCUAUUCCUUAAUAAUCAGCAGUAGAAGAUGGGUUGGUUUCAGCAAAAAACACCGGUUUCUGAUUAAAAAGCAGAGAAAAUGAAACAAAAUAAAUAAAUAACAAUGUCACGCAGAACAGCUACUUUGACGCUAAUAUUUUUUGUUUUCAUGACACUUCAAAAUAUAAAACGACAAAGACAAGACUACGUAAUAGCGAUAGACAACCAAGAAACGUGCUGUAAGGAAUGCUGACUUACAGCAUGCCUCAAGUGUGCUUUUUUUACAUGGCGUUCACCAUUCACUCAAUGAACUGCGUCAUCCAAAGCGAUGCAACACCACAAGCUACAGGGAUCUGUUAGUCAUUACAGUGGUUUACAAACCUGAAUUUUACCGACACGCUCCUCGAGACCCUCUUCCACACCUACCGGUUGAAAAACUAAUUUGACCAAUAUAUUCCUUGGUGGCAGUAAGCAGUUGGAUUGGAGAGAAAAAAACAUGGUACUGUGGAGAGGCAGUAUAUAACAAGACGAGAAGAUGAGAACCAGUCAUGUCACUUUACUCUCCACGUACAAAGUAAAUGUUUUAACAUCAAACAGCCAACCGCUCCCUUUGAAGCCAACCGCUCCCUUUCAACCUUUCAACUCCAGCCCCUCCCUUGAAAAUACAUGUCCCUGGUGAAUGUCACCCUCUUGUGGCUCACCACAGUGCCUUCAUUUAUGAGUGCCCCAGUGUUUUGAAGUUACGAUGAGUCACAUACUUGAUUUUUAUGUUUUGUGUUGUGAGCCAAAAUUUGAGGUGCAAUAUGUGCACAUUUUAGAUGCCCUCGCAUGUGGCCAAGGAAAGCUAUUUCUUUUUUGCAUAGAUUUCUGCUUAUGGCAAAAAAAUGUUGAUAUUCAUAUUUGAAUAUGAUGUCUUCCCAUUAAAUUAUGCUAAUUUCCCACUUAAUUCCCAUAAUGCCCCUUGAAUGUAUAUUUUGUGAUAGUUCCCUCUUUAUUGUAGCACUACAGAGACCUCAACUACCAGAGAAAAAAAAUCCUUGUGUGUUUUAACAUUCUAAGACAAUGAAAAUUAUUCGGAUUCUGAAAGUUUCUAAUUUGGAAUAUAUCCAAAAUACCCCAGUUUACUCACUAUGCUGAUUUACCUGAAACUUUGCGUGAAUUUAUCCAGACUUUUCCACCCAGUUGCAACCCGACUACUAAGGCCUAACAAUAAAAUUUAAGAUGUACAUACAGUACCUACUUCAUGCAUACAGUAUUGCUAGAGAAAUUAAGUAAAAUGACAAAAAAGAACAUUUACACCAAAACUGCAUGGUUGCUUUAUGUCCUAAUCUCAUGUGCGGGACCUUCACCACACACAGCACAUUUUGUCCAGUUCUGACCUUGUGAAUGAAUACAUUUUCGUGUUUUAUGACGAGUCAUCAGACUUCACUGUAAGGCUCCACCCACAUGCAAUGACAAAAACAAACAUUUUGUCACAUUCAUAUUUGGAAGGAAUCGGACAAACUCUUUAGGACUACUAGUGUUUUUUUUGAAGGACCUGUUGAAAUGGCCAAAGUGAGCCUUCUGUCUCUUUUCGAGACUUUCUUGUCUCCUCGUGAUAGACAUGCCUACCAAAUGUCACAUUGCUAAGUAAAACUGGCUUUGGGGACUGUUUUCCUGGAGGUUACUACAGAGGACGUUUUUGAGUAUGAAAAAGCCCUAAAAAUUAUGAUUUAUUUAUCAAUUUCCCUUGCCUGGUGGUCAUAGCUGUAAAGAAUUCUACAGACCACCAGCCGGGCUCCACCAUUGUGUCCCAGCCCCCAGCAUGCAACCUGCAGACAGAUGCAUAAGGUAUUAAAUAGAGUGGCUCUAAUGAGAGCGCAGGGGGGAGAAAACGGGGGCUGUCAAUGCUAUGGAUCUGCCUCAAUCCACAUCUCCGCUGAUAGGUCACAGCAGGUGUAUUGACGCCACGUGCUGAAGCGAUGUAUUGGCACUUGAUCUCUUUGCUGAGAGUUGCAAAGAGGUCAGUUCGGGGCUGAACUUCAAUUAUAAGUCAAUAAUGUAGCCAUUCACAAGAUUGUUAGCUUAAUUUCCAACAAAAGAAGACAACGGAUUGUCUGCAAGAAAACAUUCUGUGUAUAAAUAACAGCAUAGCGUUGUAUGUACCAUACUAUUUUCUAUUAAUCAAGUGGGAAAUGUAUCAGGAAACGACAUGUAUUGUUUUGUUUUUUGUUUUUUCAAUAAAGACAAUUUAUUUCCAAUGA